AUGUUAACUACAUUUAUUAUUCUAUUAAAUUUAAUAACUAUAAUAUUUUGUCAAAAUAAUACAACAUAUAAUCAUGAAAUAAGGAUUGCUUUGUUAUUACCAAAUGUUAAUCCUGAUAUAGUUAUAUGGCAAGGUUACCAAAAUUCAGCAGCUGCUGUUGUUCAAGCAUGGAAAUUGGCAAAAGAAAAUUAUACAAAUUUAGAAAAAAUAAAUUUAAGUUUUAAACUUAUAUUAAAUGAUUGUAAUGUUAGUGAUACUGUAGGUGAAUUACGAAAAGCAAUUGUUGAAAAUAAUAUUUCUGUUGUUAUUGGUCCACCAUGUAGUGAAACAUGUAUUCCAGCAAGUCUUAUUACCUCAUAUUACAAUUUACCAAUAUAUUUAUUUGGAACUUCAAUGUUUAAUGAUAUGUCUGAUGUUUCUAUUUUUCCAACAUUAAUGCAGUCAAUGCCAAGUUAUAUUGAUGCAGCUAAAGGACUUGGUGAAAUAUUAACAAAAUUUGAAUGGAAUCGAGUUUCAUUAGUUUAUAUGAAUUCUAUAUCAAAAUUAAGUAGGUGUGCAGCAUUUGCAUAUCAAGUAGAUUAUCAAUUUUCUAACUAUUAUUCAAAUGUGGCUAUUGUUUAUAAACGUAUAUUGACAUCAUUUGAACCUAAAGAUUUAAGAAUUACUGCAAAAAGUAUAAAUCAAGUUACUAGAAUUAAUAUAAUUUGUAUUGAUGAAAUAGAUAAAUUAAGAAGUUUAAUGUUAGCAUUUUUUGAUAGUGGUAUGAAUAAUACAGAAUAUGUCUUUAUAAAUGUUGAUCCUGAUAUGGAUUUUUAUAUUAAUGAAGAAGGUAAAAAUGCAAUGAAAGAUUAUAACUUAACGGCAGAUGGAAGAGAUAAAGAUGCUUUUUCAAUGUAUUCAUUAAUGUAUCAUUAUCAAUUUUCAGUUACAAAUGGUAUACCAGGAAAAUAUGAUGAUUUAAAAGUAAAUAUGAAAAAAUAUAUGAAAGAAUGGCCUUUUUAUUGUUUUGAUGAAUGUGAUAAAUAUAAUGUUUCUAGUGUCUAUGCACCAUAUCUUUUUGAUACUGCAUACAUUUAUUUUACAGCUAUUAGUAAAGGUUUAAAUCUAUAUAAUGAUACAUUAAGUUUUAAUGAAAUUAUUAAAAAUGGAAGUUUAAUAUCACAAUUAUCUGUUGGUAAUUAUAUAGGUGCUACAGGAUCUUUUCAAAUUGAUACUAAUUUGGUUCGAAAUUCAGUUUUAUCAUUAAGUAGUUAUUCUGAAAAUGGUGAAAACAUAACAUCUUGGAUUUCAAUAGAAGUAUUUAAUUAUAAAACUGUUAAGAUGGAUUUACUUUAUACGGAUGAAAAAAGUACAAUAUGGUUAAAAAGAAAUGGUGAAAAACCUUUAUCUAUACCAAAAUGUGGAUAUUUAAAUGAAAAUUGUCAAAAAUCAUUUAUUGAAAGUUAUCCUUUAUAUUUUGGUAUUAUUAUUUUUGUAUCAGUAUUAAUUAUAAUUGCUACAAUUUUAAUAAUUAGUUUUAUGUAUUAUUUAAAAAGAAAAGAAGAAGAAAAACAAAAUGAGGUGUGGAAAGUAAGAUUUGGUUCACUUAUAAAAUAUUCAGAUUUUAAAGGUGCUUCAUCUAUAAUGAUGUCAAGAAGAUCUGUUAAUUCAAAUUUGAGUAAUCAAGAUAAAAAUUCAUUUUUUGAUAAAAAUGAUGGUAGACAUCAAUUAUUUGUUUUAAAUAAUAAUCCAGUAAUGGGAAGAGUUCAUAAUUGUUAUUAUGUUCUUAAUAAAAAAGAGAUGGCAUAUAUAAGGCAUGUUGUAAUGAUUGAUAAUGAAAAUAUUAAUAAAUUAAUUGGUUUUUGUAUAGAUGGACCUGCUUUAUUAUCAUUAUGGAGAUAUUGUAGUAGAGGUUGUUUAAUUGAUAUCUUAACUAAUGAUAAUUUAAACAUAAAUAUUGAUGGAUUUUUUAUUUAUUCAUUGAUAAAAGAUGUUAUUGAAGGAUUAUAUGCUAUGCAUCAUUCAAUAAUAGAAGUUCAUGGAAAUUUAUCAUCAAAAAAUUGUCUUGUUGAUGAGAGAUGGCAAGUAAAAUUAUCUGAUUAUGGUUUACCAUUUUUAAGAAUUUAUGAACAACCAAAAAGUGCUAGUGAACAACUUUGGACAGCUCCAGAAUUAUUAAGAGAUAAUGAGAUGAAACCAAAUCAAGCAACUGAUAUUUAUUCACUUUCAAUUGUUAUGGCAGAUUUAGUAAAUAAAAAUUUAUCAUUUGAAAAUUCAGAUUCUAAUAAAGAAGCUGAUGAAAUUAUUUACAUGUUAAAAAAUAGAAGUUCAGACAUGACAAGACCCACAUUGAAACCAGCUGUUGAAGGUAUUAAUAUAAAUCUUUUACAUCUUAUAAAAGAUAUGUGGUCAGAAGAUCCAAGCAGAAGACCAAAAAUUAAAACAGUAAAAAAGUUGGUAAAAGAUAUGAAUGAAGGAAAGAGUAAAAACUUAAUGGAUCAUAUGUAUAAUUUACUAGAAAAUUAUGCCACAUCUCUUGAAGAAGACAUACAAAGUAGAACAAAAGAAUUGGUGGAAGAGAAAAAAAAAGCUGAUAUAUUGUUAUCGAGAAUGUUACCAAAGGCCAUUGCAGAAAAACUAAAAGCAGGACAAAUAAUACCUCCAGAACAUUUUAAUUCAGUAACAGUUUUUUUUUCUGAUGUUGUCUCUUUUACAACAUUAGCCAGUAAAUGUUCGGCUCUCCAAGUUGUUAAUUUAAUGAAUGGACUUUAUACAAUAUUUGAUUCAACUAUUAAUGAACAUGAUGUUUAUAAAGUUGAAACUAUUGGUGAUGGAUAUUUAUGUGUUUCAGGUUUACCAGAAAGAAAUGGAAAUAGACAUAUUAAAGAAAUUGCUAAUUUAAGUUUAGAAUUAAUUAAAAAAAUACCAGAGUUUAAAAUUGAUCAUUUACCUAAUGAAAGAAUUCGUAUACGUAUUGGAAUGAAUUCAGGAUCAUGUGUUGCUGGAGUUGUUGGAUUAACUAUGCCAAGAUAUUGUCUUUUUGGUGAUACUGUAAAUACAGCCAGUAGAAUGGAAAGUAAUGGUAAACCAAAUCAUAUACAUAUGUCAUGUGAAGCACAUGAACUUUUAAAUAAAUAUGGUGGCUUUGUUACAAAACCACGUGGUGAAGUUCUUAUAAAAGGAAAAGGUGUUAUGGAAACAUUUUGGUUACUUGGAAGACAGGGUGAACAAUUAUUAGAUGUUGAUGAAUAA